AUGCGCUCUAAAUUUGAUUCUUCCGACUUCUAUAAACAGAUAGAAAUGGUGCUACAGGACACAGAUAAUGAGUACUCUAUUAUCUGCGGUGAUUUCAACUUGGUUUUAAAUCCAGAAAUAGAUUAUGAUCAGACACAUCGACAUAUAAAUGACCCAAAAGCAAGAAAAAAAGAUAGCAUAUGGAGUGUGCUGACAGGUGCUGCAUCAGAUGAUUUGUCCAAUAUGCUGUUGCAUGAUAUUCGUGAACUAGAAACUUGGAUUUUGAGACUACUAAGUGCACCUGUGCCAGUUCCUGGAAGAACAAGAGUGGAGGUUGAUAUUCUUCCCCCAGAAAUGUCAGCCCCUAUGGUGUUUGCACUGCCUGAUCACACCCGCUUUUCCCUGGUGGACUUCCCACUCCACCUACCACUGGAGUUACUGGGGGUGGAAACUUGCCUCAAAGUGCUGGCUUGUAUUAUUCUGGAAAAUAAGAUAAUUUUACAAUCUCGUGACUACAACGCCCUUACUAUGAGUGUGAUAGCCUUUGUGUCUAUGUUAUACCCCCUGGAGUACAUGUUCCCUGUGAUACCACUACUACCUACAUGUAUGGGGUCUGCAGAACAGUUGCUAUUGGCACCCACUCCCUAUAUAAUUGGUGUGCCUGCCAGCUUCCUAUUAUAUAAAAGGGAUUUCCAAUUACCCGAUGAUGUGUGGUUGGUGGACUUGGACUCUAAUAAGGUGAAGGUGCCUUCAGGCUGUGAUGAUCUGCCACCAUUUCCAGAGCCAGAGGGGUCACUGCUGAAGAAUCACCUGAAACAGGCUUUAGCUAGCAUGAGUAUGACUCCUCAACCCAUUAAAAACCUUGAGACCCUGGCUCAGAAUCCAGAAUUAUGGCCAAGGCGGGAAAGUUUCAACUCCUCCAACACAGGUUUUAACCCUUUCAUCUAUGGUAAUGAUGUGGACUCUGUAGACAUUGCCACACGUGUGGCUAUGGUUAGAUUCUUCAACUCUCCCAACCUCCUGGGUAACUUCAGUGAGCACACAAGAACAUUACGCCUGUAUCCACGGCCUGUAGUGGCCUUUCAGAUAUCCAGCUUUGUUAAGUCCAGACCCACACGGACAACAUUUGCUAUCAGGCUGGCAAGAACUCAGGCUGUUGAGUACUUUGCUGAGUUUUACUUAAAUCCCACAAACAUGGUUUUCCUGAGGGUUCAGACGGGGGUAUUUGACCCGUCUCUUAUUGGAGACAAACCUAAGUGGUACAGCAAGCAGCUGCAAGAAGUUCAGUUCCGAGUGUAUGAUAAUACUUCAAGUCUGGGAAUGGCUUUAACUGCUGCUGAGAGAGCUCAGGAAGAGGACCCAACAGAUGAAAGUGGUAGUGACAGUGAUGGUGGGGGCAGCAGUUCAUCAUAUUCUUCACUCAGUGAUUUUGUCAUAGACAUGGUCAACAGUGAAAUUAAUGGAGAAACACCAGAAGUGUUUGAUGUGGACAGUAUCACCAAAGACACAUCUUAUGUGUACACUCCACCGAGAGAGCUCCAGGUGCCGGAGCCACUGAUAUGCCCCACUGAUUCCUCCUCCUCAGAGGAUAGCGAGAUGGACUCGGAUUCCUCCUCAGGUCCUCUGCAGUAUGCCAGCGAUAUGGACAAGACUAAUUCCCAAGCAGGCUCACAAGUAGACUCCCCUGGGAAUGACUUGGACUCCCCAGGCAGUGUAUUUGAUUCUGUUCCACCACCCAAUGGUAGCAUCCCAGGACAAGCGAUAAGUCCCAAACCACGUAUAGAAUCAAAAGUCUUAGUACCAAUAUCUCGGAGUAGCAGUGAUUCAGCUUACAGUGGCUCCACCAACUCCACAGGACAGGCUAGUAGCCAGCGGGGAAGAAUUAGCUCGGAUUCCACAACAGUGAUAAACAGGUCAGGGGGUGGAGACUCGCCACACAUUGCCCAAUCACAAAGCUCAUUUGCUGCCAGGGGACUGAGCUUGAAAGGUGAUGGUCAAGGUGACAACAAGGAGUCCAUUAUAAGCAGCCUUGGCAGUGAAAUCAAUGGCUAUGCCAAACAAGCAAGCAGCACUCUUUCAGAACUGUUUGAUCAAAGUAAGGAGGGUUUGUCUAGUACAGUCACGGGUCUAAAACAUGGAUUGGAAAAGAAGCAGUUGGACAAGAUCAAAUUGGAUGAUCUAAAACAAGGAUUAGCGGGUACAGUGGAAAGCCUUGGCCAUGGCAUGAAAGAAGUUAAGAAAGGUGUACUAGAAAUGAAAGAAGAGGUUCAAAGUGCUCCUAUCGGAAGCCAACUUGAAAGUGUCACCUCGGCAGUUUAUAGUAAAGGUUCUACCUAUGUGAAGGAACUGAGAGGAACCAAGAGCACAACAAUGAACAGUUCUUCCAAGCAGACCAAACCCUAUGCACCUUUAGGCAACAGGAAAGCUCUGGUUGAGAAGUCUGGUCUGGUGAAACAUGCUUCCCACAGGAAGAUGACCAGAGACUCCUCAAAGCAGCAGCUUGUAGAUACAAGGACAAGUGCUCACAGUGAGAAUCAGCAGUUCCUGAAAGAUGCUGUCAGUCACAUACUUGAUGGACAUGGGGUUGGCUGGCUGAAAAUCAACAAAAUUAGGAGAUUGAUGGAGGAUGAGAAUUAUCGUAACUUUGUGGUGAGCAGGCUGAACACGUCAUUGGAUAAAAAACUUACAGAAGAGGAUAUGUACAUAGAAGAUGUGUGUGUCAGCAAGCAGAUCUUCAAAGGCAUGUUGACCAUGCUGAAAGCAAUAGUGUAUGGGCUGGACUUUACCUACCGUAAUCAUGGGAUAGGAGGUAUGGCCAGUGCAUUCAUGGUCUGUGAGAUUAUCCAUACACAUUACUGGGCCAAAGAACUGACAGGCAGCAAUAGGAGUGAUGCAAGUGGCUCUCAGACCAGCUCCCCAUUUGGCAGCCGUGAGAGUUUGGUAUCUGACAUUAGCCCGCGUGUGGAGUCCAAGAGCUUGCCAGGAGAGGACCAAUCCAUACCAGUAUUAGGUGGCUACUUUGACCGGUCUACUAGUCCACGACACAGUGCAAUUCAGCGGGAGCUUUCACCGUCUCAUUCUCUUCCUAGUUCAUAUUCUGCAGGCUCUCCCGUUCUGCUGGAUGGUGAAGAAUACCAAAAUAUUGAACUGAAGAACUCUCAUCCAUUGUCCCACACAGAGUCUGGGAAGCAGGACUAUAAUUCAAACUCUGCCAAAUCUCACUACAGUACAGAGCAGCACACAACCAGCAUGCGUGCUGUAUCUGCCCAACAGACAAACUGUGAUAUUAUAGUGACUGAUACUGACCCACUGAGAAGACAGUACGUGGACACAGAUCCCCUGAGAGGACCUCACGCUCCAGAUACCGCCACCACGCCGGAGAAGCGCCCCAGUCAGCAGGAAGACAUCUUGAGAGAACUGGUGAAGAACAAAGAGCUGUUGAGGUCCAGGCGGGGAGUGGUGCCCCAUGGCCAGAGUGUGGAUUCUGAGGUGUCUGAGGGAUCCACACUGGUGAGUGAUGGUUCUGAUUGGGAAGGGAGAAGACCCAGGAUAAAUCAUCAGACUAUAAAACCUUCACUAUCAGAUAGUAGUGAACAUGAUAUUGGAGGGCUGGUAGGAACGCGGUUAUCACGUACUGCAAGUAUAUGGAGCAACAAAUCCACUUUGAGUGGUGGAUUCAGAUUCAGAGAUGGAAAACUGGUUCAUGUCGGCCCUCUCAGUCCAACAACCACCAGGUUGUAUUUGUUUCAACAUCUCAUAGACAAAGAUCGAAGCCGGCUGUGGGACCAGAUGCAGUUUUGGGAAGAUGUGUUCCUAGAUGCGGUGGCCCAGGAAAGGGAUAUUAUUGGCAUGGAUCAGGGACCUGCUGAAAUGAUGGACAGGUACAAAGACUUGGGUGCUGCUGAGAAGAAACGUCUGGAACAAGAUGAAGACCGACUUUUGGCCAACAUGCUCUACAACCUGAUAGCUUUCAUGGUCAUGAUGAAAGUGAAUAAACAAGAGAUACGACGCAAAGCCAGAAGAAUGUUGGGAAAAUGUCACAUUGGGCUGCACUACAGUCAAGAAAUCAAUGAACUGUUAGAUAAUUUGACUAACCUGCAUGGUAAUGACAUUGAUCUGAAACCCCUUGGUAGUCGCAUGAUGCAAAAGCAAUCUUUUACUGUGCACUGGGGACCAGACAACACUGGAGAUAUGCUCUUCAUGGAGGUGUGUGAUGACUGUAUAGUGCUGCGUAGUGUGAUGGGGAUUAUUUGUGACCGCUGGUGGUAUGAGAAGCUGGUCAACAUGACUUACUGUCCAAAAACCAAGGUUCUCUGUCUCUGGAGAAAAAACGGGGACCAGACACAGCUCAAUAAGUUCUACACCAAGAAGUGCAAAGAGCUCUAUUUCUGUGUAAGAGAAUCAAUGGAAAAGGCUGCUUUAAGGAAUAAUGGGAAAAUACCAGGACCUGAACUUGGUGGAGAAUUCCCUGUGCAAGAUCUCAAGACGGGCCAAGGUGGACUGCUUCAGGUUUGCAUGGAAGGCAUUGGGCUUCUCUUGGAAAGCAGCAAGGACUUUGAGUUCUUUGUUGAGCUAAAUCGUGUGAGGAAAUGUUUCACACAGAAAGGCGGCAUUUUUGUCCUUGAAGAAUUUGAUGCCAAGAAUAAAAAAGUAAUCCAGAGAAAAUACAAGUCCAGCAUGGCUGAUGACAUCUGCUAUGCUGUGUUGUGUGUAUUUUCUUACGUGGCUGCUGGAAUGGAACAACAGCAGCAACAGCAACAAAAACAGCCACAGAAACAACAGAGAGAAUCUACAAGAGAAAGCAUGCAUUCAAAACGUCCUUCAAGCGACAGUCAACAACCAGAUUAUAUACUGCAGAGAGAACUGCCAGUGACUGGUUGAGUUAAAUAGAGUCACAACUAACACAAUCUCUGUCUGAUGCAGCUAAUCACCUACUGCAAUGGCAGCACCUUACACCUAACGCAAGCCAUUCAAGGGAUGGCAGACUUACCAAGGAAAGCUAGUGAUGGAUGGUGCUUAUAUCAGAAGGCAAUAAGGAUAUCUAUUCGUCUUGGUGGCUCUCACACUCUUUCUCCUUUUUUAUUAGUAAAAUCUUGUUUUGAUUUUAGGAGAAAAAUACUAGACGGUCCUCAAUCAUUAGUUCUUAGAAGAAUUGGAGUGGUUGAACUGAGGAAAUCCUAUGAAUAAACUAAUAAACUCACCUUCCCGUUUACAUCUCGGGACCUUAUAUAUUAUGUUUAUGAGUAAGAUAGUCAUACCCAACUGUACUGAAACCAUGUACAUUUACUGUCCUACUGCUUCUUAGCAUGGUUUUGUCAGUGACUAUGGUGAUUUAUCAAUUUAUAAUAAAUUUACAAAAAUUAUGAUUAUACACAUCGGCUAUAUGAUUUAAUUGUUGAUUUGCAAUGUUUUGUUAUGGUUUGCUAAAUUUGGUUGUUUGUAUUUUCAAAAAAUUACUAAUAUGUAAAUUGCAUGCAAGGAAUAUAAAACCAGGUUAGCUAUUAUGAAGACUUGUUAACCACAGGUCAGAGGUUUUGUAAAUAAUCUGUUGAUUAAAAUUCAAUGUAGAAAUCCCAAAUGCCAUCAUACCCUUUCUGGUAAAGGAAUGUUGGGUCAUGAGACGGUUAGUGUUUAUAGUUUCAUUAAUGUGCAAUUGAAUAAUAUAAUCAUAGACCUGUUAUGACAGAAAAAAAAAUGAAAAGAAUGAUAGAAUAAUAUAGCAAUUAUAAUCAGUGAUUAUGUGUGGUGGACAGAUGACAGGUGUUAAUACUGACAGUGUUUUCAGUAAAAAAAAAA